UCAAACACUAAAUAUUCCUCAAGAGCUUCAUUUUACACUGUUUUUAGCAGUGACUAAUCAGAUCAAAAACUCGCCGCUACUUUAAAAAACCUUUCAAUAACUUCAGUUCACUAAAAUUUUAAACCUCAAUUUCAAACUCAACCAUGUCUUUAAGGCCAAACGCAAGAACUGAGGUUCGCCGGAACCGCUACAAAGUGGCGGUGGACGCCGAUGAAGGUCGUCGGAGAAGAGAGGACAACAUGGUGGAGAUCCGAAAGAAUAAGAGAGAAGAAAGCUUGCAAAAGAAGCGCCGUGAAGGUCUCCCCGCUCAAGCCUACGCUAACGCCGCCAGUAAUAUCUCCGCCUCAUCUGACAUGGAAAAGAAGUUAGAAAGUUUGCCUGUAAUGGUAGCUGGAGUUUGGUCUGAUGAUAAGAACUUACAACUUGAAGCCACUACUCAGUUUAGAAAACUGCUUUCAAUUGAACGGAAUCCUCCGAUUGAGGAAGUUAUACAAGCCGGGGUUGUUCCUCGUUUGGUGGAGUUUCUUGUGAGGGAGGAUUAUCCUCAACUUCAGUUUGAGGCUGCUUGGGCACUUACUAACAUUGCCUCUGGAACCUCGGAGCAUACAAGGGUGGUUAUUGAUCACGGUGCAGUUCAAAUAUUUGUAAAGCUUCUUUCUUCUCCUAGUGAUGAUGUUAGGGAGCAGGCUGUGUGGGCAUUGGGGAAUGUUGCUGGAGAUUCUCCAAAAUGCCGUGAUCUUGUUCUUAGCAACGGAGCGCUGCUUCCGUUGCUGGCGCAGUUGAAUGAGCAUGCAAAGCUUUCAAUGUUAAGGAAUGCUACCUGGACGCUUUCAAACUUCUGUAGGGGCAAACCGCAGCCUCCGUUUGAACAGGUGAGACCUGCACUCCCAGCUCUUGAACGUCUUGUGCAUUCAACUGAUGAUGAAGUUUUAACGGAUGCCUGUUGGGCACUUUCAUAUCUUUCUGAUGGUACAAAUGACAAAAUCCAAGCUGUAAUUGAGGCAGGAGUCUGUCCUAGACUUGUUGAGCUCCUGCUCCACCCAUCUCCUUCGGUGCUUGUUCCUGCCCUUCGCACAGUUGGAAAUAUUGUGACAGGGGAUGAUAUCCAGACUGAGUGUAUAAUCAGCAUUGGUGCACUUCCAUACCUUCUGAACCUAUUGGCUAAUAAUCAUAAAAAAAGUAUCAAGAAAGAAGCUUGCUGGACCAUAUCAAACAUUACAGCUGGUAACAAGGAACAAAUUAAGGCUGUAAUCGAGUCUGGGUUAAUUGGCCCUUUGGUUAACUUGCUUCAAAAUGCUGAGUUUGAUAUAAAGAAAGAAGCUGCUUGGGCAAUGUCAAAUGCCACUUCUGGUGGUACCCACGAGCAAAUUCAGUUCUUGGUGAGUCAAGGAUGCAUAAAACCAUUGUGUGAUCUCCUUGUUUGUCCUGAUCCAAGAAUUGUGACGGUUUGUCUAGAGGGAUUAGAGAACAUUCUUAAGGUUGGGGAAGCCGAAAAGAAUUCGGGGAAUACCGGUGAAGUUAAUAUAUAUGCCGAGUUAAUAGAUGAUUGUGAGGGACUAGAAAAGAUUGAAAAUCUACAAAGCCAUGACAAUACUGAAAUUUAUGAAAAGGCGGUGAAGAUUCUCGAGACAUAUUGGCUAGAGGAAGAUGAAGAGACAUUGCCUUCUGGUGAUAAUUCUCAGCAAGGAUUUAACUUUGGUGGAAAUGAUCCAUCAGUUCCAUCUGGUGGUUUCAACUUUAGUUGAAGGGAUCGAUAAUUUGUUACGGGAGGAUUUGUGAUGUAGGUGGAGAAUUAUAUUGGUGUCAAAUUCAGUCUGAGUCGGUUAGAGUGUUAUGUUUCAUUUCGGUUUUGCAUCCAUUGUCGUCGAUUAGCCAGACAAGUCGUUGAUGGUUUUGCAUCCAUUAUUGUUGAGAAGUACUAGACGUAGAUGCUCGAUAUUAUGCUAUGAAAGGUGUUGCAUGAGCAUGGUCUUCUCAGAUGAAACACUGAAUGGGUGUGCUUCAGUUCCGGUGAGGCUAUGGGUGUAUGCAGGGUCGGGUUAUACUCUAUAUAAACUGGUUAUAAUUUAAAAUUAUUGUUAUUCAUUUAUCAUUUUACUGCAUUAUCAGAAUUCAACAAGUUUUCAGUUGAGAAAAAUGAAUUAAUAGUAUCCAUCUGUUCAUGUGUGAUAA